GGUCAACUUAAACAUCAUCCGCUUCUUAGUCCCCAACAACAGAGAAAAACCCUCCUCCAUCAGAACUAAGAACUAUCUUCAACAAUCUUGAUUGAGAUCUUGGUCGAAUUGGGGGGUUUUCUGCCAAAAUCGUCACCUGGGUAUUCAAUUUCCAAGUUCGAUCGUCGUUUUGCCUAAUUCUUCAACAUCGAAAAGGCCAGGCAUGGCGGCUUUGGCACCGGGAAUUCUAUUGAAGCUUGUGAAUGGAAUGAACACAGGGGUCAAGCCCACAAGCGAGCACCGAAACUCGCUUUUGCAGGUCACAGACAUUGUCCCUGCAGACCUUGACGAGAAAAGCCUCUGGCCCACGCAGGGCUUCUACAUAAAAGUCUCCGAUUCUUCUCACUCAAUCUAUGUCAGCCUUCCCUCUGAACACAAUGACUUUGUUCUCAGCAACAAAAUGCAACUGGGUCAGUUCAUCUACGUCGACAGAUUGGAGCCCGGGUCUCCGGUACCGGUCGUUAAAGGCGCAAAACCACUUCCCGGCCGGCACCCUCUGAUGGGUACUCCGGAACCUUUAAUGGGUCUCAGAAAGAAGGGAGAGAGAAGUGAGACAAUGUCCAAUUCAAAGACUUCUAGAAGGGGGUCUUGGGGCACAGGGCAAAAUGGGGUUGAUGACGGUGUUUCAUCUCCCAUGGUGUUAAAGCCUGUUCCUUUGGAUUUUGAUCAGUGUACUCCGAUUAAGGAGCGUGGUGGUAGAAAUGGGUCCAUGUCUCCAAUGAUUAGGGGGCGAGUGGGAAGAGAUGGAGGCUUUAAUGGCGGAAUUCGGAGUUCGUUUGGUGGUGGACUCUUGGCAAAGAUGGCGGGUUCAAAGGGAGGUGAAAGUCCUGCACUGAGAAAAAGUUGUGCUACGCCCUCUAUGUCUAAGUUUCCAAGGAGCAGAAGUGUGUGUGACAGAGAGCCAAAGAUCCCUAUUAGUCCCUUCAACUCAGCUGAAAAAAAGAAAAGCUCGACUCCACCACCGCGAUUACGAAAUGCAAGAGUGGCAACUUCACUCAAUGUGGCUGGAGAUGCACAAAAAUCCUCCAACUCAAAGGACACAGCUUCCCAGCCACAACCCCAGCCUGGUAAUUUGGGCAAUGAAAACAGCACUAGCCUCCCCAUGAAUUUGCCAGGACGGCUCAGCAUGCUUGGCAAAGAAGCUGUGCAGCAGAGAGAGACUGCUCAAAAGAUUGCCCUUAAUGCGCUAAGAGAUGCUAAAGCUACCGAAACCUUAGUUAGAUCUCUCAAGAUGUUUUCCAACCUGUGCAGAACAGCUAGAGCAGAUGCCCCGGCAACCUGCUUUGAUAAAUUUCUGGAAUUCCAUCACCAAAUUGUCCAAGAAGUGACUGGUAUGGUCUCAAUUCAAGCAGCUACUUCAGCUUCUGAGUUGACUCAGACUCCAAAUGUUAAGCAGCAGAAAGACGAAGAUCAAGAUGAAGACUCUUCAGUCUUAAACGAAAUCGUUCACAACUCCAUGAACUCAAAAUUAACCUUAUCCAAGAGAAGGUGCGCCUUGUACAAGUCAGUUGCAGCCAUUCCAGAAAGAAACGAGCAGAAGACGACUUUUGAGAAGCUCCUGAGAAGCUCUAUAAAUCAAAAGGCAACUUCAGAAAGAAAAGCACCAUCCACUCCACUUGGAAAGCUGAGUCUUGCAACCAUUGGUGAGAAUGAUGAAAACAAGAAACCAGCUUCAACCAGUUUUAGCAGCAUAACCAAUACAAUCAAAUUGGGCAAGCAGAUUGAAACAGAAGCUGGGAACUGGUUCAUGGAGUUUAUAGAGAAGGCUCUGGAGACAGGCAUGAAGAAAACCAAAGGCACAACAACAGAUGGGGAUGCAAGGAAAGUACCUCAGUCUCUCAUACUUAAGGUGAUUAAUUGGGUGGAAGUAGAACAAAGCGAUAGCAGUAAGCGGCCAGUUCAUCCAAAAGCUGCACAUGUAGCUCGAAAGUUGAGGAUCAAGAUGAAGAAUCCUUGAACUGUUGAACAACCCACCAGGACUUGUAUUUUGCUUAGUUAGGAGAACUUCUUAUGGCAGGCAUUGCUGUUAUGUUGUGAAAUUUUUACCAUUUUUUGGAGAUUCUGUUGUUGCAUUUGAA